AAAUAAAACAUAAAAUAUUGGUGUCUUUUAAUCUUUUUUCCUAUCAUUCACUAAUACAAAUUCCGAGUAUAAAUAUCAGUAAUUACAGUAAUAUAACACAUUUGUUUACUACAAUCCACAACAUGCGUGUCUUGGCUCUGAUAUGGCUUUGCUUCGCGGCUGUUGCAGCCGUCCCCACAAAUCAUCAAAGGAUUGUUGGCGGUGACCUGGCUAAUAUUAAUCAGUACCCUAGCAUCGCCGCUCUCCUGUAUUCAUGGAACUUGAAUCAUUACGCGCACGCCUGUGGAGGUAUCAUCUUGAACACCAAUACCAUCCUUACAGCUGCCCACUGCACUUAUGGCGACGCACCCAAUAGUUGGCGCAUCCGUGUCGGCUCCUCCAUGGCCCACACCGGUGGUAACGUUUACAACGUUGCCCAUAACAUCGUUCACAAUGCAUUUAGCUUUAGAACUCUAGACAACGAUAUCGCUAUACUCCGUUCCUCCUCCGUCUUCGCUAACAACGAUAAUGUCCGUGUUGCUUCUAUCGCCGGUCCUAACUACUUGCUCGCCGACCACAGUCUCGUCUGGGCUGUCGGAUGGGGAGACACUUACUUUGGUUCACAUGCUGGCUCUGAACAGCUUCGUCACGUCCAAGUGCAGACCAUCAACCAAAAUACUUGCAGAAUCAACUACGCUACCCGCGGUGUUGUUAUCACCGACAACAUGUUGUGCUCCGGUUGGCCCACCGGUAGUCGCGACCAGUGCCAUGGUGACUCUGGUGGUCCUCUCUACCACAACAACAUUGUUGUUGGUGUCUGCUCUUUCGGUAUCGGAUGCGGUCAAGCCUUUUUCCCUAGAGUCAACACUCGCGUAUCCCGUUACACCGCUUGGAUUAUCGCUAAUUCAUAAUUCAGUAUUUGAUAACUAGUGAAACUAUUAUGAAAAUGUCGAAACCGAAACUUUUGUAUGAAAUUGGUAUGAAAUGGUAUGUUAAAUACAUAGUAUUAAAAUAAUAUCAAAUAGAAAUAUUCUAAAAUGAAGUAUAUUUAUAAAUAUAUUGUCAAUAAAGGACAUUUAUAUUAUUAUUAUUUUUUAAAUGAAAUAAUAAAUUUUUAAAAUAAAUUAAAUUGCUAUAUGUUGGGUAUAUUUCAAUAAAAAAAUCAUAUGUAACCAACCGUGAUAUUUGGGACGUUGGGUUUAUUAUGGAUAAAAUAUAAUGACACCUUAAAUCUCUGAACAAAAAUGUGUCGUUUCAUGCACCAAACGCCCUGUAUAAUUAGAAUAAUUGUUUAUAUUUUAGGUCAUAAUUGGCUUUCAUCAACAUACAUAUAAUCAAAUAACUAAAAGAUAUAUUAGCUGUAAGUUUUAUUAAAAUUAAUAAAAUAAUAUAAAUAUAAUAAAAGAA